AUGUCUAUCGAUUCAUUUGCGGCUCUUCGGAGGACCCAAGGAGAGGAGCUUGGGAGGCUUGCAGAGGAGCAUUUCAACAACGAUCUGCGAGAAGAUGACCGCGACUUACUACGCAGCGCCGCAUCCCAAGCUUCCAGACAUGCCCUCAUCGGUUCCCUCGCUGGCAUCGCACUAGGAGGCUACCUCGCCUUCCGUCUACGGGCGAACCGCAAUGCCAUGUAUCAAGCCUUCCGCGCCGCCGAGAAGCCUACCCAUGUUCGAUUCGCGAGCGGUCGGGAAGAGGCUAUUCCGGACAUCACUCCUCUGUUCCAGCCCACACCUUUGGGAGACGUCAUGGCAUACACCUUCUUCGGCAUUGGUGGCCUCUUUCUGGGUGGUGAGACUGGUUUGCUCACUGGGACGUGGUCGGCGAGGAGGACCAUUGCUCAAGAUCCAGAACGCCGGGAAAGGAUCGAGAAGGCGUUCAGGUCAUUUAGAGCAGACGUCCUGAGAAAACAACUUCAAGAGCUAGAGGCAGGAAAGGAGGAGAGCAUUUGGUCAUAG